UCUACACUCCUGUCAUAUAGAAAAAAACCAGUCAUACUUUCUUUGUGGAACUCAAUUGAGAAGAAUGAAGGUCGUUUGCUGGAUCAAAUAUGUGAGACGGGACCACUAAUAUUUGCUAUGCGUGUCAAAGUGACUACCUUUAACGGUCUAUCAUUAAGCACGAGAAUGGGCUCUGCAAUCAUGAUUAAUCCACCUGUGACAGAAGAUCUUCAGCUGCAGAAAUGGUACAAUAAGAACAAAACAGAACUUAAGGAAUUACUUCAAAAGAAAGCGUACAAAGACACUGAGAUUUUACUUCCAUAUCCAGAAGAGAAAGACAUAGUUCCUAUCGCUAAAGCAAUCGCAAACUUCAAAUAUCGGAAAGCAACAUGGAUAAGAGGCAGGCUGCGUUUACCAACCCAAGAUAGAAGCUUCUCACACACACCAUGUUCAAAUUGCUUAAAAUCAGUUGAAGCAGACAUGAACUGGAAAAUCAAAUGCCAAUCAUGUAAAAUGGACUCCGAGAUACAAGUAAUCUUGAGAGCUACAGUUGAUAUUGAUGAUGGAACUGCAUCAAUUCGUGUAUGUAUAUCAAACCCAGACAUCCAAAAGUUCAUUCCAUUUACACCAAAUGCAGUGAAGGAGGCUGAAGAUAGUGGAAAGGAUAUGCACGAUUUAAUAGCAGCAUCCAUUCAAACCAUGUCAGUUGUUGGAUUCAUACGUUCAUCUGAGACAACAUACAACCAACAAUCUACCACAAGAAUUAGUAUUGUUAAAGCACACAAGGUCACAAACAAUGCAUUUCUGGCAUCAACUGUUGCUGCAGAAACACAGGGUUCCAAACAGCCACACACCCUCGGUCAAGGAACAUCCAAAGAAGAGGCGACACAAACCCACACAUCCAACAACACAUACCCAGCAGCCAUUGGUAAUGAAGCAACACAAGAACUGAAACACCCACCAACAGUUAGUGAAGGAACAAGCAAAGGAGAGCCCCCAAGUGAAGGAGCACUUAAACGAAAGCAUCCACAAUCUGAAGCAUACAAGGAGACAGAAAGUUUGGAUGGUAAAACACCAAGGGAAACCAAGAAGAUUAAAUAAACAUGGAAGGAAGAACCCAUGUCCCAAGUCUUUUGCGUUUUGAAAAUCCAUCGUAACUAUGUAGCAAAAAUCGCUGAUGGCGGACCAUCCUUGAAGAUAGGAAUUCGCAAGAUCUUUACUUUUUUGUAAAUCGCUUCAGUUGUUUGUCUUUUAAAAUGUACAUGCAUGUGAAGCAUUAUGUUGUCUAGAAACAUCAGACCUGUAAAGGCCAUCCUUCAAACUAGGAUCUCGCAACACCUUUUGUUUAAUUAUGUAAACCGCUUCAACUGUUUAAGUGUUUGAAAUAUUGCUGUGAAGCAAUAUGUUGUGUACAAACAUCAUAUCUGCAAAUAAACUGUGCUACU